UCGAGAGCGACUGGGCUGUCCCUCGCAACUUGUAUCUCUGGACAGCACCUCAAUUUGAGCUGGUUUGAGCAAGUUUCUUCUCUUUGCGACCACAAAGGCUUGUUCGCUUGGCAGACACCAUGUUGACCUCUAGCCUCUCCUUUCCAUUGCUUGUGCUCGCCAGCCUGGGCUCGGCAGUCAAGCUCCCUGCAGAUGGCGCUGCAUUGGCCAAGCGGCAUUCGAAGUUGCCAGACUAUGCUAAAAGGAAUCUCCAGACCAUCCGCGAGAUCUACAACUUGACCGUAUACCCGAACAACGCUCAAAUUGUCGCGCAAGGAGCUUCCGCCGUACCUCCUCACCUCUUCGCUGACCAGGCCACUGGACGUGUCUCUCCCGUAGGCAACUUCACCGGCUUCGAUGACAGUAUCGAAUACUUCUUCUCUCUUGCCCCAACUCCACAAGGAUCCAACGGAGUUGCAUUCUACCGAUCAGAAGUUCUAGAGUUUACCUCGGGCUGUCCGGAAGUAGCUGCUUCAUUGGUAUACUUUCGCGCGGGGCACGUUGAUCCACAGACCUUGGAGUUGGACACUACAAAGCCAGUCUCGACAUUGUCACAGGUCGCAUUCUGGCGCUUUGACGACGAUGGCAAGGUCCUAAAAUACCACGCAUGGAUCCCAAACCUAGAGGCAUGGACCAACGCCGCAAAUGGAAUUGAUUUCGGAAACCCACUCGUCCAGAACGGUACCACACAGCAGCUAUGCGCCGGCAUCCAGCAGACAUGCACUGGUGAAAACCAGCAAUAUACAAGCACCGAGGACUGCAUCGCGCAACUGUCAGCGAAGCCUUUUGGCUCUUUCGAUGAGGCGUGGGGCGACAACGUUGUCUGCCGUGUGAUUCACGUAAUCUUGACCAAGGUCCGACCGCAGGUGCACUGCCCACAUGUCGGCCCACUCGGCGGUUCGCCACCUGACAACUGGAAGUGCGUCAAUAUCGACUACAGCGAAGAGUAUUUCGAUGACGAUGUCCUGUUCGGCGCUCCAGAGGGUAGUGUCUUCACUUGCGGAGGACCUCUGCUCACGGAUGGUGGCCUACCGGCCGGUUCUUACAGCUAUUAAAGGGGGAUAUUAGACAUAUAACAAAGUCGUAGAUAGGCUCCUAUCUUGUUGGGAGCCCCUCUAAUUACUGCAAUCCAGCGAGGAGAUAAAGCGUGCUUGGCCUUGCAUAUACGCAAAUCUACCAUUGAGCGCUAAGCUGCCACUGC